AUGAGCUGCCCAGAACACGUUUGGAGACCUGACGAUAUAACAAAGGAUUUAUUGAACUGGAAACCAGAAGGUAAGAGACCACUGGACAGGCCAAAGAAAAGGUCGAUGGACAAACUAAAUCGGAAUUUUCGAAUACUUGGGGUUCAUAACCCGGAAGAAAUUGCAAAUAAUAAGAGAAGACCGGAGGAAACUGCGUGGAGCAGUGAUGGGCCUUAA